AAUGCUACUGGAGAAAGUCUCUGUUUUUGCAGAUUACAGAGCACCAAUCAUUUAUCAAACAAUCCGUGAAACAUGUUGGCGGUUUUUGACAAAACUGUGGCUAAGUGCCCGGAGGCGCUGCAGAGUCCCCACUCUGGCACUAACUCCGCUGUGAAAGAUGGCUUCUUGGCCAAGCAUUUUGGGUCAGUCCACCCCAGUUCUGUUACUGUCAAUCUUGGCUCUGCUGGUGUUAUUGCGUACUCCCUUGACAAGCAAAACCCUCUCCUCCCUAGAUUAUUUGCAGUUGUAGAUGAUGUUUUCUGCUUAUUCCAAGGGCACAUUGAGAAUGUUGCGGUUCUUAAGCAGCAGUAUGGCUUAAAUAAAACUGCAAAUGAGGUGAUCAUUGUUAUUGAAGCUUAUAGAACCCUCCGAGAUCGAGGGCCUUAUCCUGCUGAUCAGGUUGUCAAAGACAUCGAAGGGAAAUUUGCUUUUAUUCUAUAUGAUAGCGCUUCAAAAACCACAUUUAUAGCAGCUGAUGCUGAUGGAAGUGUGCCCUUCUUCUGGGGAGCUGAUUCUGAAGAUAAUCUUGUUCUUUCAGAUGAUGUGCAGAUUUUGCAGCAUUGCUGUGGAAAAUCAUUUGCACCAUUCCCUAAAGGAUGCUUCUUUACGACUUCUGGAGGCUUGAGGAGCUUUGAGCACCCUUUGAAUGAGAUGAAGCCAGUUCCAAGAGUGGACAGUUCAGGUCAGAUUUGUGGUGCAACUUUCAAAGUGGAUGCAGAGACUAAGAAGGAAGGUGGCAUGCCGAGAGUUGGGAGUGCUUUCGACUGGUCUUCAAACUACUAAAGAGCCAUGAAGUUUUUCUCAAUGGCAUUGGUUGUUAAUGCACCUUCUGUCAGUUUUACAAUAUCUUUUUACUGAUCUUACAUUCAGAUCUUUGAUGAUUUAGCUGCACAAUAGAUCACCUUGUAUCGUCGUUAGCAUUUCUGAGAACAAGACGGCAAUUUUCAAUGCUGUGAAUGUUGCUUAUUGUCCAAAAAAGCCCAAAACCCUUUUUGGGUAUAACAUAAAAUAAGAUGUAUUUUUCAUAUAA